AUGACCAUGUCGCGCCAUGACGCCAGUUAUGCGCCCUUGACACCGGUGCAGCAUGGGGAGAGGGUCGUGCGAGUCGAGCGGGACGUCUUCAAGCAGGUCCUGGGAGAGGACGCUCAAGCCCUUCCGAUUCUUGACAUUCAUCAGCUCUGGCAGUUCUUAGCCGUCGAUGCGGUGAUCGCCACGGCCUGUACUAUGCCCGGCGUCAACGUGCCGGCCUCCAUUUACUUCCUGUGGAAGUUUUCCUUCCAGAAGCGGCACUUCUUGGUGGGCUCCAGCAAGUGUGCCUUUGUGAACGAAGUGAUUCUUUGGCUCACGGUCUUCUUUGCGGCCUACCUCAGAAUACGUAACUGCUGGGCCUACGUGGACUUGGCGAGCAAGAACAACUUGAAGGUGGCGGCGGAAGCGUUGCAGACGACGAUGAUCUCCGACGCCUGCUGGGUGGGUGCGGUUCUCCUUUGGCGUAUCCUGCAGGUCUCCAUGAUUGAAGUGGGUGCACAUGUCUUUUGGCACAAGGAGCAAAAUCGAAUGGAGAUCCAGAAAGAUGGCACCGACAGCGACCGGAAAGCGUUGCAGUUGCUGAAGCAGCUGGAGGCGAGAUUCCCGCAAUACUUCAAGCCCAAUCACCAUGCUCAUUGCAACGCGGAGGAUAUCCAGAGGGAAAUGUCCCAGUUGAGCCACAGGGCUUCGUCUUUGGAGAACUUUGUGAUCUACUUUUCCACGCUCUGCAUGUUCAUAGGCAUGCUCUACCUUCAAUCGCGCACAGAGGAGGCCGUGACAUUGGUCCGUUGUGCGGACAUGAGCUGCGAAGGCCUACGAGAGGUGAAGAUCUUGGGGAAGCAGAACCUGGGAAAGGAGUGGAUUCCAGAGCAUGAGCUUUUUACUUUUCUUUCUCAAUUCAACGCCUUGACUCAAAAGAGCAGCGCAUCUUUGGUCGAUAGCUCUUGCUUUGGUCAUCUUUGGCUGAAGAUUUGGUGA